AUGUCUUCGAAUAUAUCUGAUGGUUCAUCAUCAUUCAAAGAUUUAAUCGAUUGGUUCAAAUGGCCAUUAACAUAUUUGAAAAUAGUCGGAAGUUGUUGUGUAGUUGCUGUUAUUGCUGCGAUUAUUUAUCAAAAGAGGAAGAAUCAACAAAUAAAAAGUGCAAAAGAUCAAAAUAACAAAACAAUCGAUGAUUAUUCUUAUCGUGAUCUUUUCCAUUUCUUUAUCAAUCCCGAAUUUCAUGUGGAUAAAUUACCUCUUGCCAAAGAGUUCAGUGAACGUAUGCAUGCUGAAGCAGCUCAAUAUAUGAUGGAAGAUCAUCCAGAUAAUCCUGAUUUUCCUGAUCAUUUUACGUAUAUUCCUUAUGAUAAAGACAAAGUCAAUAAACGAUUAGAUUAUAUUUUUAAUCGCCUCUUUAAAGAAAAAUAUCUUGAUUGGUACGAGGCCGGUCAACCAGCAACAAGUGAUUCUCGAUAUUGGUGGGCUCAAACAAAACUUCAUUUAACAACUUAUUUAAUUCAACGUCAACCAUAUCAUUUAACAGAUGGAGUUUGGCUUCGUGGUGUUAAUCAAGGACCAAUGUCAUCUAUUCAAGCAAAAUUAUUUGCUAUUUAUAUUGAUGAAUUGGGUAAUGGAAAUCCAUCACAAAAUCAUUGUAAUGUUUAUUUGGAUAUUCUUGAAAGUCUUGGUUUGCAAGUUCCACCAAUUUAUUCUCGAGAAUUUGUUGAUCAAGAAUUAAUUCUUGAAAUAUCUUUUAAAAAACCACUUCUUACUCUUACAACUUCACUCUUUCCGAAGACUUUUGAACCCGAAAUUCUUGGAUAUACUUUAUGGUUAGAAACAACAGCACCAGCUGAACAUGCUGGUCUUCGGAAAAUUCUUGAUCGAUAUGAUUUGAAUUCCAAUUUUUCUCUUCUUCAUACAGCAAUCGACAAUAAUGUUAAUGGACAUGGUCGCUAUGCAAGAGAAGCGGUUGAACUUUAUCUUGAUCAAAUCAGAGAAACGCAAGGUGAUCAAGCUGUUGAAGAACAUUGGAAACGAAUUUGGACUGGAUAUGUGGCCUAUGGAAUGACAGGUAAUAUAGAUAAUGCACUUCGAGAAUUAUAUGAAAAACAAAAAGUAUUAACACCACGAGAAGAAUUUAUCGAGUUGAUAAAGAAAAAGGCUCCAACAGCACAAAAAAUGCAUGGAUCACGACGUGUUGGUCCUGAAGGCCUUUUUCUUAACGAUAUGUUUGCAUCUGGUGAUGCAGAAAAAUUAUGUGAUCAACUUGCUCAAUCAGAAUUGAUUGUCAAAGGUGAUCCAGGUGCUAGUCCACUCAUCAAUCAUGCUGUCAGUUUUCAAGGGCCAAUGUAUCAAGUAUUUGACUCGGAUGAAUUAACAAUUAUUUCUCGAUGGAUUCUUUCUUUGAAACCUUCUACACUCAAUGACAUGCUUUCACUUAUUCUUCAACGUCGAAAAUUUUCAAAUAAAAUAAUAAAGGAUCUAAUACUUCAAUUACCCGAUGGAUCAUCGCAUUCUUUACGUCAACUGAUCGAAGGCAAACCGUCUGAAUUGUUAGCUGCUUUUCGGGCUAGUCAAUGGACGAUUCCUUUUGAUGGGCAUAAACUAACGGAAGAGAAUGUUGAUACAUGUCCACUAAUGAGAGCAUUGGCUCGAGCAGGUCCUCUCGAACAUAUCUUCAAUCGAGAUGGAGAAGAUAAACAAAUUAUAAGACAAUGGUUAUUAGAUGGAGCAUCACUACUAAAUGAAACACUUCAAGAUUCGACAUCAUCCGAAAAGAACGGUGUCAACAUUCUAUCACACGAAGGUUUUAAAUUUCAAUAUUGA